CAAACACCCUGUGAAGAGGACGUGGACUUUUCGGAUAAAGACGAGGCUGAUAACGAGGUGGAGGGUCCGAUCGACUGUCCGUCUGUCCGCGUGGCGACCACGACUCUGCGCAGCCAUCAGGGCGUGGUGAUCGCUGCUGAUUGGCUGGUGGGAGGCAAACAGGUGGUGACUGCGUCCUGGGAUCGAGCUGCAAAUCUGUACGAUGUGGAGACCUCAGAGCUCGUGCACUCACUCACCGGCCAUGACCAGGAGCUGACACACUGCUGCACUCACCCCACCCAGCGUCUGGUGGUCACAUCGUCCAGAGACACCACCUUCAGACUGUGGGACUUCAGAGACCCGUCCAUACACUCCGUCAACGUGUUCCAGGGACACACUGACACGGUGACGUCUGCUGUCUUCACGGUGGGCGAUAACGUUGUAUCAGGAAGUGAUGAUCGCACUGUUAAAGUGUGGGACCUGAAGAACAUGAGGUCGCCCAUAGCAACCAUCCGAACUGACUCUGCCGUCAACAGGAUCAGCGUGUCGGUGAACCAGAAAAUCAUCGCUCUUCCUCACGACAAUAGGCAGGUCCGGCUGUUCGACAUGUCGGGGGUGCGGCUGGCUCGACUCCCCCGCAGCAACAGACAGGGUCAUCGUCGGAUGGUUUGCUGCUCCGCCUGGUGUGAAGACAACACGUCCUGUAACUUGUUCACCUGCGGAUUCGACCGGCAGGCCAUCGGCUGGAACAUCAACAUCCCCGCCCUGCUGCAGGAGAAAUGACCUCCCGAUGCUGCCACUUUACGGUGAACACCCAAAGUCUGCCUCUCAAGAGCAUCGAACACUCACUUUCUGCAGGCUUUAAAUGCAGCUUCAAACAUGUCUUUUUUGGUCUGUAAAAACGUGUCACAUUACAACAGACGUAACUUGAAGCAAAUACUCAAUGACAUUUAAAAAUAUAUGUUUUAAAAGCUGCCUUUGAGUCUGCAGGCGGUCAGUUUUCAGCUUUCUGAGAUCAAAAAAAGGAAGGAAUGAAAAAUGAAACAUAUUAUCUAACUUAAGCCGCCAAUAUAUAUACGUUAUGUGUGUUUCGUUUGCGUUGAGCAAUUCUUCACUAUCCAAAUUAAAUAAACGACCUGGUGAUGAAAGCACAGACAUGUUUGUUUAAGUAAAAAACUAAAAUGCUCAAAACUCAAGAUAAGUGAGGUGGAGAAUUAACGAAAUGUAAUCCGUGCCACUGAGAGCAGAUUUGUGUUUGGACAAGAAUCUGAUGCUUUUGGAGAAAAUCCUUUUGUGUUCAACCAUUCUUUUUAGAAGUUAAUUUGUGAUAACUUGCCAUUUACCUUCUUUACCUAAACUUCUUAAUAUAAAAAGAAAGAAGCCCUCACUCUUUGAAUUGAUACCUUAAUAACAACCGAACAGCUCAGUUCUGCUCAGCGUUCAGGAGUCUGUGUGGUACAGGAAUGCACCUUUUGGAAUAGUCUUAUAUAGCUUUUUGUUGCUGGAGAGUAUUGUAGAUUAUGUAAAUGGUCAACAAAGUUUAAUGCUGGUUAGCUUAAAGAUUGUUUUCUGCAAAGCCAGUCACAUAAUGGUCCUAUUCUGUUGUUAGAUUUAAGAUGGCUGAUUGUCGAAUCUGUCUACCUUUUAAACUGUGGCUACCUGAAAAAAAUGUGAGUAAUAACAUUAUCUUUGCUAGCCGUGGUGCUGUGUACUCUAGAACUGGUAUGUUGCUAACCCUAAAAACAGUAGUGUUGUGUGACUAAAGAGGGAAAGAAAUAACGCCUGGUGGAUAUUAAAGCUACAAAAGUCCAACAAAAGGAUGCUAUAUUUGACAUUUUUAUUAUUUUGUCUUUUGCAAAGACUACAUUAUGGAUGCUUUAUCGACCAUUGGCUGAAUCUCAACCACACCUCUUAUAGUGGUCCCAAAUAUCUACUUCCUCUCCUAUGUAAAGGUGAUAGUGUUUUUUUUACUGACUGAAACUUCUCCAGUGUUAGAGUUUGACCCCAAUAUGACCUCCCACAUCGUAUACGUGAUUGGUCACUCUUCUCACAGUGUUAAUCUGGAUCUGACUGUGUUUCUGUAAAGCCAUGAACCAGCCACUGUGUUCCUAGUAGACAGAACAUAAAUGUGUAGAUAUUUGACCAACUAAGGGAGGAAAGGUGAUUACAGUGUUUCUGUUUGUGUGCUAAUGAAACAUUUAGUCUCUAAGAGCAGCACCUGUUGAGAUAGUUGUUAUGCAGGGCCGGGUACCGAGACAUAGUACCGAAAGAAUACUCUAUUUAAUCGUCAUUUGGGGUAUUUGGUACUAAAUGAAGUCCCAUUUCAGUGACUAAAUAGACAAACAAUUGUGCACUUUAAAUGGCGAGAAUAGACUUCUCCACCCAUAUAUUAGAAAUACGUUCACACCUUUUUCUGAAGGGCUUUAAUAGAGAUGGAAAGGUUUGUUUUCAGAGGUAAAUUAAACUUCUAUGCCUCUUUUUUAUCGUCUCAAGCUCUACUCGCAAAAUCUACUAAUAAGAGAUUAAACUCUCAACAAAAAUGACUAAAGUAGAACCAAGUCUGCUUAAGUAUGACAACAUUUGAGUAAAUUAUUUCUAAUAAAAGUGACAUUUUAGCAGAUUUGAAGGGAAUAAAAUAGGUUAGUAGAGAAAGCACAUUAUGUGUACGUGUUACAUAUCAAUGAACUCACUUUAAAAUAUAAUGAAGUCUAAUUUCAACCAACGAUAAAAGAGAAAACUAACUGAUGUUUCUUCUGGUGCCCGGCCCUGCUGUUGUACCAAUACUUGACAUGAAUGUACAAAUAGUUUUUUCCUAGAUUAUCGCAGUGUCUUUAGUCUUUGGUGUUGAAAACACUGUUGUGGGGAUUCUGUCCGUGUCAUAUUUGUAAUGGUACUUAAAAAGUAGUAAACCUUUUGAGGAGUGUC